AAACGUCAAUGCAACGGCGCUGUAGUUUGUAUUUUUGCAGUGCUUCGUCGGCGGAACAGUUGUGUCUCAUAAAGGGAGGACAUAUUUCGAAUUUAGGUAUUCGUAUCCGCCAUCUGAGACGUUAUUAGUUUGGAAGAUGGACAUGCAGCCUGCUGGGACUGCGGACCCUUACGAGUUUGAUGCACCUAGCCAUGUUAUGGAUUUCAAAUCUCUCCAGGCGGAUGAUGCUGACGCUGACCAAUGGUUUGAAGCCUCUAACUUGCCUGCCGACCGGCUAGUUACCCCUAAACCCGAUAAGCCAGUUGGAGGGACCAGAGGAAACCGUUCGACAGCUCUUCUAUCCAAGGAAAAAGAGUCAUGUAAAGAGGAUGCAGUUGAGGACAAUCCUCCUUCAAACAUUGUUCUUUCAUGGGGUAACAGCAAGCCAGCAGCACCUGCCCCCACCCAAACAAAGGCUCAGCCGCGCAGGGUGUCCAAGAGACCUGUAGUGGAGCCCAAGGCUGCAACUCCACCAGUGAAGAAACAGAGGAGAACUUUUCCAACACCUAAAAGAGCCCUUCGUCCCUUGAGGAGCUCUUCCCACACACAGAGGCAGAGAAAAGUUGUAAGGAGCAGCCGCAGACUCAGUCAAAAGCCUGCAGCCUCCACAGCUAAGAUCCAGACUUCUGAAGCUCCUGCUACUUCCACUGUCCAAUCAAGGAGCACCGAGCAACAAGAGAUGGAACGCAUUGAAGCUCUCCAAAGUGAGGUCGCUGAACAUCGACGUAGGAACGAAGCCAGCUACAAGGCAGCCCUGGCCGGCAGUCAGCCACCGAAGCCGAAGCAAGUUCUAUUGACGACAGUACCAAAAGAGUUCAACUUCCGCUCAGAUGCACGAACAAAACGCAGCGCCACAGCUUCUGGUUCCGCCUACGCAGAGGUGGACUUUGUUUCUCAGCUCCGCAAGCACCAAGCUUCACCUGUAAAGGCAAUGAAGGGGACCACUAUUCCAAAGCCAUUCAACCUGUCUCGUGGGAAACGAAAGCAUGAGGAAACCGCUGCCUACGUGCCCAUGGCUCAGAAGAUUGAACAGUACCAGAGACGCACACCAACGCGUUAUCAUUUACGUAGUCGCCAAAGUCAAGAGAGAGGCCCAUCACCAGUGAAGAACGAGCGGCCAAAGGUUACGAACCCAAUGACCCCUCAGCUGAUGACUCGCCAGAGGGGUCGUCCACAGCUGGUGAAGAGCACUGCUGAGAUUGAGGCUGAAGAGCUGGAAAAGAUUCAGAAGUUCAAGUUCAAAGCCCUUGAGCUUAACCGCAAAAUACUGGAGGCAGCCGUUGUGCCCAAGAAACCAUUAGCAAAAGAGGCCACCCAACCUGAGUGCUUCCACCUGGAGAUUGAGAAACGCCUGCAUGAGAGGCAGGCCAGCAAAAAGCCAAAGGAAGUAGAUGACUACACCUUUCACUCCAACCCCGUGCCAGCAAGAAUCAUGGAGGAGGUGGUGGGCGUCCCAGAGAAGCGGGUGGCACCUCCAACUGUACCAGAAUCGCCAGCUUUUGCUCUGAGAAACCGUGUCCGUGUGGAGCGCAAGUUUGAAGAGGUUAAACCGGCCCCCAUCAAGGCUGUCCCUGUUCCACACUCUGUACCUUUCCAUCCCAAGCUUCUUGCCAGAAGUGUUGUGGAGAUGUGCCCCUUUUCCUUUGAGGAGCGGGAACGUGAAAGGAGGACACUGAAGGAGAAAAAACUGGAAGAACUUCGUAAGGAGGAGUCGCAUGAGUUCAAAGCCACGCCACUCCCAGACUUCAAUGAGAUCAGCCUUCCAGAGAAGAAGGUAGUGGAGCCAACCAAACUCGAGCCCUUCAGGCUGCAGAUUGAUGAGCGGGGAGCACUCAAGAGUGACCGUUGGGAGAGAAUGAUGAAGGAAGAGCUGAAACAACAGGCUGAGGCGGCCACCUUCAAGGCCAGACCAAACACAGUUACACAUAAGGAACCGUUUGUCCCCAAGAAGGAGAAUAGGAGCAUUUUGGGUAAUUCCACUAAUUCCGUAGCCACUGAGGAAUUUCACCUGUACACUGAGCGGCGAGCCAAGGAGCGCCAGGACUUUGAGCAAGAGAAGAGUGAGCGGGAGACCCACCGAGCUCUUCAGGAGCAGGACCGUCUUCAGGAGCAGGAGGAGCAGCAGCGUGAGGAGAUGGCCCGCCUACGGCAAGAAAUGGUUCACAAGGCGCAACCAGUCAGGCAUUACAAGCAAGUGGAGGUGAAGAAAAGUGAGCUUCCACUGACUAUUCCACACUCCCCUAACUUUACUGACCGGUUCCGCAUGUAAAUUAACCACCACUGUGACUUGUUCUUAACUAUUGUGCGCUUUUUGUUUACGCUUUGUUUUUAAUGCAUUGUGUGUCUAUAUAUACCAUGUACUUUUACUUUCACUGUCUUUGUUUGAUACAUUCUUUUAACAGCCUUUGUCAGUGUCAUACCGCUGUUAAAUUACAAGCUUCACCUUGUAUCCUUCAGACAUGACACAGAUCUUGUACAACUUCCUUCUUUUAUGGAGAAUAAAAAGAAAUUCUUAUGAAA